AUGGAUUUGGUACCAUCAAAAUCAAAAUCAACAUCAUCAACCUCGACCGCCCUCACAAAACGCGCAAAUGAGACUGCUUUAAUGCCGCCACCCCCAAAACGCAUCAAACGACCAAAGAAUGUUAUCGAUGAAGACGCAUAUACAGAUGCCAUAUCAGAAAUCAUUGCUCGAGAUUUCUUUCCAGGACUACUCGAAACGGAAACAAAACAAGAAUAUUUGGAUGCGCUUGACUCAAAGGAUGGAGCAUGGAUUACAAGUGCCGAACGCAGGCUUCGACAUGUUAUGACUCCUGGCAGACGUAUUGGAAGACGUGGCACAUCUAUUCAGACACCAUCCGGACCUUCUGAAACACCUGGAGGAAUAGUUGGAGAUACCCCAAUGUCUGUCGCUUCUGAUGCAACUCAGGCUCCCAAAGUGGAAGUGGAUACAAAUAUGAGCCUCACCAAGUUCCAAUCAUUAUAUACUAGCGAGGACAACGAAAGCUUCUAUAAAUUAUUAGACAAGCAAAAUAAGAAACGAGCGGAAAAGUAUGCUUGGAUGUGGACAGGGAAUAAAGUUCCAUCGAAGAUGAUGCUAAAGCAGAAAGAGAUUGAAAUGAAGCUUCUGCAAUCACGAGAAUCGCUGGAAGAUGAUGGGGGAAGAAGGGAUAGACUCGCAAUCCAAAAUGUGGCGGAAAGGCCAGCCCAACCGGAUUCCUGGAGAUCCCAGCCAAAUAAUGGAUUAAUGUUUCGACCUGACAGCGUAGAAGAUUCUGUCGAAACUGUGGCACAAAGAGCACAAAAUGAGUCAAGGGCUGCUCCGAAAAGUGUUGCAUAUGCCAACACAAGGCUACCGGAUCUUGCACUUCAAGAGGAAGCCACCAUACCUUCUUCUCCGUCAAUGUCUGCCGUAAGAGAUGCGAUAGCUGGAAGACGUCGAGUUGAGGACUCGGAAUCUGGAUUUAAUGGAAGCGAAACUCCACGUGUAAAUGGGUAUGCAUUUGUGGAUGAUGAACCAGAGGAUGAAUCAUAUACACCUUCUCCGAUCAUCGAUCUCGGGCCGGGCGAAACAACCAAAAAUCCAUUCGUAAUCAAGGAGCAAAGCAGGCGAGAGGAUUUACAUCACAGGAUGGUUGAUAAAACCGCUAGAAGUAAACGCACUUCUGCGAAAAACGGCAUGACAGGCAAGGUUGAUGCGACCCCUGUGCCCAAAUUUCCCAGCAGUCCUAGAGUGGGCUCGGGAGGUCUGACGCCAGCUGCUGAACGGUUAUGGAGUCGAGUUGGUGGUUCAGGCAAGGGUGCUAAUGAUACUUUCGGUAUCAGAACACCAGGGACUAGAGUGUUUAACGGUCAGGUUUCGCAUAGGUAUGCACCGUAUGUGAAUUUUGUAGGGGAGCUAGAUUAA